UCAUAAUGAAAUCCACUGCCAAAAUCAUAUCAAUCUUCGUUCUUUUUGUUACAACAUUUAUUAUUGGGAUUUUACCACAUGGAUUACUGAGCCUCUUGGAGAGGAAAUUUCCAAAAGGAAAUCGUUUACAGCAGUACAUAAGCAUUCUGAACUGUUUUGCAGGUGGUGUCUUUUUCGCUACAGCCAUUUUGCAUUUAGUGCCAGAAUCGUCUGAGUUAUUAAAAGGCGUAUUUACAAUCGAAUACCCAAUUUCUGGGGCGUUAUCUGGCGCGGGAUUUUUUCUUCUCUUGUUCAUUGAACAUGUGAUAGGAACUUGUAAAGGUGAUGCCAGUCAUCACUUUACCAUGGAAAACACUGAAAUUGAAGUGAACAAUAUUGAACUUACAAAAGUAACAAAGAGUAAAGAUGCUGGGUUUACUCGUGAUGAGGAAACGGGAGGUAAAAGCAAAAAUACCCAAAUUCCGCCCGAUUCAGAUGAUAAGCCAGAGCAUCAAAAAAACAUUGUACAAAAGGACAGUGUUCUAUCUAAACUAAGAGCGUUUGUUCUGUUGCUGGCUUUCUCGUUCCACAUGAUAUUUGAAGGCCUCGCUUUGGGUUUGGAACAAACGGAAUCGGGAGUGUGGAGCCUACUGGGAAUUUUGGCUCUCCAUAAGUGUAUCGUGUCUUUCAGUGUAGGACUCCAGCUCAGUGAGAGUCUACAAAGGACACAGCCCGUCAUCUUGUCUUUAAUAGCUUUCUCUGCCGUGGCACCUGUAGGUGUGGCCAUUGGAUUUCUGGUAACAGAGUACGGAGACAAUGCACGUGCGCAGAAAAUUGCUGCCGGGGUACUGCAGAGUCUGGCUACGGGAACUUUUUUCUACGUAACUUUCUUCGAAAUCUUGCAAAAAGAACUGACAAAAGGACAUAACCUGUAUAAUGUGUUUUCUACUUUUAUGGGGUUUUUAACAUUACACAUUCAUGAAAAGACUGGAAUGUUUCGCCCAAAAACAUGUCUCGUCCUGCGGCGGUGUAUAUUCGGAGGGGGGCUGUCCGCAGGAUAUGUAAUGAUUCGAAUCAUGGCUUUAUCACUAGAUGAGGAAAAUUGGAUACAUGAAGAAAUAGAAAAGCACCAAAUUCAGAUAAAUGCAGCAUCUGUGGAGGUUGGUGAUUUUUCUGAGAAAGAUCUAAAUGACAAGGUGUCUGAAAAACUUGAUGAUUUGUUUGAACAGACGAUGUACAGGGAAAGGAUAAAUCUAUUCAAUAAGAGGUUAGAGAGGAGCGAGUUGAUUGUUGCCGAGUUGUUCCAGCACCCUGAGAAAGGAAAGGGAGAUGCCCCACACAAAACCCCAGAGAAAGAGUAUUUGGAGAACCUUAUGGAGCGGCAGUGUUGUUUGGUGUCGGAUAUCAUGAGAACACUUAAGGAGUGCAGGAAAUAUCAGGAAGAAUUGGAUGAGGUGAAAAAAGAAAACAGAGACAUACAGGUAGAAAACAGACAACUACUAAAAGAGUUGAAAGAGAAACAAGAGAGUAGGAAAAAGAUGCAUGACCAGGAAACUCAGAGUUUGUGUGAGGAGUUAGACCAGCAGUUACAGAUGAUAUCCAUCACUAGGUGUAUACUACAGGGCCUUGUUGUAGGAAGUGGGGUACACUGGGCAGAGAACCAGCAGCUUCAGGAACUAGUUCUCAAACUAGGGGAAGUCCUUCAGAUAUAAGCUGUCAUUAGUCACUGGGAUCAAGAAUCAAUAGCAGCUUGCCUUGAUGCUGGUAGAAGUGAUAUUUACUCGUAUUUAGUCACACUUGGAUAUAUAGAUGAUUCAGCAGAUGAAGUUCUUCAGAUUGUUACAUGGCUUCAGUGGCAGAUACAGUUAACUGAAUAUUAGAUUAUUUUUUACCCAAGACAUAAGGCAACAGAUUUUAUACUAUUAUAAAAUUUUAUUUGUCUAAAAUAAACACAAGUUUUUCUGGUGUGAACAAUUUAUCAACAAUGCUGCAGUUAUUGUUUUGAAAAAAAAAAAAACAAUUUACACAAUAGUUUUAGAGACUGCAAUAGUUUUUAAUGUCACAGUCUUAUGUCAGUCCAUUACUCCCUGUGUUAUUGAAAACAAGUAAUAUUUAUAGUAUUUUAUUGUAUAAGGUAAAAUGUUAAGUACCUGUGUUUAUGUACAUGUACUUCAAUUAAGAUUACAGUAUUGUUGUAUUGAUACAGUAUAAAUGAAAUAUAGUAUGACUUGA